UUGAACGCUUCCUGCUGAAGAGGUCAAAUCUGCAGAUGAUCCAGCUAUCCAGCUAAAUUGCCAUGAAGUUUCUCUACUUUGUUAGCAUUGCCCUGCUGCUAGGUACAGCUGCCUCCCUCCCUGUAGCACCCAAGGGAGACCCUGUCAAAGCCAUCCAGGGCCUUGUGGGGAGAAUCUUGAGUCAAGAAUGGGUGGACAAGUUCAGCUAUGAGGUCAUACCAGCCACUUCUGAUGGAUUUGAUGUGUUUGAGGUUGAUACAGACAACAAAGCAAAUAGGCCUGUUUUUCGUGGUAACAAUGGAGUUGCUUUAGCGUCUGCUUUCAACUAUUAUCUCAAGUACUACUGCUAUUGCUCUGUUAGUUGGGGUCUCAACAGUACAGGGGACCAGUUAAAGUUGCCCAGCACACUACCACUACCUAGCAAGGGGAAAAGAGUCAUAUUCCCCAACCGAUACAGAUACUACCAGAAUGUGUGUACAGUGUCGUACUCGAUGGCCUGGUGGGACUGGAACAGAUGGGAGAGGGAGAUAGACUGGAUGGCCAUGAACGGGCUAAACCUUAUCCUCUCAUUUACGGGACAAGAGGUGGCCUGGUAUUUCUCGUACACCCUUAUUGGCUUAACUGAUGAAGAACUUGACCAGUACUUCUCUGGACCAGCUUUUCUUGCAUGGCAACGUAUGGGCAAUAUUCGUGGAUGGGCUGGACCUCUGGAUAAGGGGUGGAUAUAUGUGCAAUACUAUUUGCAAAAGACUAUUUUUGAACAGACUCGAACAUUUGGUAUGAUUAAUGUUUUCCCUGGGUUUUCUGGUCAUGUGCCCAAAGGUCUCUUAAGAUUAUAUCCUGAUUCUAACUUCACUCGAGCCACACAGUGGGGUCAUUUUGGAACAGAAUAUUCAGAGGACUAUCUUCUUGAACCGACCGAUUCUCAAUUUUUAGGAGUUGCACAAACCUACUACAAGCUGCUCAUAUUUUAUUUUGGUGGAACUGAUCAUGUUUACAACGCUGACACUUACAAUGAAAUGCAACCUUCCAGCACUGACUUGAAUUUCCUCAAAGAAUCGAAUGCAGCAAUCUACAAUGCUAUGAAAAGUGUAGACCCUAAUGCUACGUUCUUGAUGCAAGGGUGGCUAUUUAGAAAUGAAGCAGGUUUUUGGACAAAUGAAAGAAUCAAGGCCUACCUAUCAGGAGUGCCCAAUGACGAUAUGAUCAUUCUGGACCUCAGCAGCGAACAAGUUCCUAUUUGGUCAAAGACAGAGUCCUUUUUCGGUAAACCAUUCAUUUGGUGUAUGCUCCACAACUAUGGUGGCAUUAGAGGUAUUUAUGGCAACCUGACGACUAUCGGCAAUGAUCCUAUUGAUGCUCGACUCGUGAAUGGUAGCACUAUGGUCGGUGUUGGAAUGACCCCUGAAGCUAUAGAGCACAACCCCAUCAUGUAUGAUUUAAUGGGAGAGAUGAGCUGGAGGAGCGAAAAGGUGGAGGCGGUUAUGUCCUGGGUGGAGGACUACGCCAGGAGACGCUACGGGACCAUGACAAACAACAUACGCAAUGCAUGGACACUACUCUUAAAUGGAGCUUACCAAUUCCAUUGGUCCUGGCAAAUCAAAUCACUACUUGUUCGCCACCCUGAAUUUAACAUGGCCUUUGACAAGCGAUUCGCAACUUUUAAUAUAGCCACAGCUUGGAGCUACCUGGUUACAGACGCUGUGAACGAUAACGCUGACCCAAAAGUUGGACCUCUGCUGUACGACAUUGUUGAUAUUGGUCGACAAGUGAUUGUCAAUACGUUUGCUGAUGUCUACACAAUUUACACAAAUGCUUACUCUUCAUACAUGAGCAAAAAGAACAGUAAUGUCUACACUGCAAUGAAAGACCUCGCAAAGUCAUGGACGACAAUGUUCGAAGAUUUAGAUGGUCUUCUCGGCUCUAACGCUAACUUUUUACUCGGUACUUGGAUCAAUGACGCUCGUAAAUCAGCCCAGCCUGGAACCUCCUCAUCUGCUGUGGACAGAAUCGAGUUCAAUGCUCGGAACCAAAUCACAAUGUGGGGACCCAACGAGAACAUUGAGGAUUACGCUGCUAAGGAGUGGUCAGGCUUAGUGAGCAGCUACUAUGCACAGCGAUGGAAGCUCUUUAUAAACACGAUUGAUGAAUCGAUUAUGAACGAUAAGGCUUUCAACAAAACUGCUUAUGAGAGCAUGUUGUUUACUCUCGAGAAGAACUGGGGGGAAAAGAUUGAAGCAUACCCCACCACCCCUACCGGAGAUACAAUAGAAUUGUCUAAUAAACUAAUGCAAAAGUACUAUCACAAUAUAGACUAUGUAAAUGCGAAGUAUAUGUCGAAAAUGGAUGCCGAUAUACCGAGUGACGAUCUUUACGGGGGUGCUGUGAACUUGUGGGCUAAUACCACUGAACAGUACGUGGUGUUGUGUGAGAUGAAUCCCAGCUGUGUGGGUUUCAGUUUCAGUUAUGUCAACAAGAAUCCCAAGAUGGUGUCCUUCAAGACCAAAGUCAGUGGAAUCACCGUUGAAAAGGGACGAAUGCUCUAUGUGAAGCACUAACCAUUAAACGUACUAGAUUUAAUACAUUUUAUUGUAUGUAUAUGUAGGGGUACAUAAUACUUGACUGUUAGUGUAUGUGCA